AUGGUGUGCCUCGUGGUUGCGGGGGCCAUUACGCUAAACGCAUCUACCAGAAUCCGGUACUUUUUAUGGGGCGCGGCUGCUGUUUUGUGUGUGGCCGAUGCCUUCACGUACGUCGUCCGAGUGAGGUCAGGGCAUGCAUUUACGGAGCCCUGGAAAGUGUUCAUGCUGGGGUCAACCACCCCCCGAGCUGUGUACAGUGCCUUGCUAGCGGUGGCGGCCAUUACUCACGGGUUUGUUGUAGCCAAACUGGCAAGUGCGGGGCAGCAGCCCUUGUACCUGAUGGGUUGCACCAGUGCCAUGGGUGCAUAUGAUUUCGCAAUCUCUCGCGUACCUCCUAGCUCGUAA